CCAUCAUUUGGGACAUUUAAUUCAAAUUACUUGUAUACCACGUAUACAAUUUCUAAGUGCCUGCAUAUCAUCCAUCACAUUCUGCCAGAGCAUAAAAAAUGCGGUGGAACAGAUCUGACAGGGAAUAAAAAUAGGUGCAACUUUAUAGGGUGUGGAUAAGCCCACAUACACUUAAAAGGUGUGUGUUCUUCUACAUAACCCAAAAAGAUGUGUAUGGGUCCCACUGUACAUACCAUGGUUUUUAGACUUGAUGACUGGGAUCAACUCAUUCGGUCUCGAGUCGAGUCAACUCACUCAAGUUUGGUAGUGUAACGGCUUGACUCGUGGUAUGUAGUACUGAAUCCGAGUCGACUUGGGUGAGUUGUAUUGGAUGGUCCGAGUCCUAAAUCCAUGGAACAUAACCAAUCAAGGGUCUAAACUUUUUAUUUUGGUCAGACACAUCUGACCGAAUCAAUCCUUCAAUCCAACAUGACUAUAUAUGAUAGGCAAUGCAUCGAUAAAAUGCAUGUUUUCACGGGGUGCAUUUUAUCACAAACACAGCACAUUGUUAUUCUACAUGUAUGUAGUGAUCAGUUAAGCAGUAGAAAUGUCAUCCUCAAAUCCUACCAGCUAUUCACGGGCACCGCUAGUUCAUCAUUUCGAACUCGGGGAGGGAAUUCAGCUGCAGGUUAAUGUGUCUGGAUCUUCAAAUGGGUUCUAUGCAAAAAUCGAUUUUCAGCUUAAAAACUGCUCAAGGCAGUUGAUCAUGCACUGGGGUGGCAUUUACCAAGGACAGACGAAGUGGAUCCUUUUGGCUGAUUGUCCUCCUGGGACGAGCACCUACAAACAAAGCGCAUUGCAGACACCGUUUGUGAAGACUAGAGAUGGCUACAUGAUUACGAUUCAAUUGCGGGACCCUAAGUUGCAAGCUAUCGAAUUUGUUUUGAAAGAUGAGAGAGAUAGAUGGUAUAAACUAAAACAAGGAAACCUCCGGAUUGAGAUACCGGACUUGGCAUCUGUUUCUUAUCCGUCAAUACCUAUUGAAUUGGUACAACACAAGGCAUAUUUAAUGUGGGAAAGAAAAGGGAAGCCAAGGAACUCACCGCAACAGGAAAAGCAAGAUUAUGAAGAUUCCUUAAGAGAGCUCCAGGGACAGCUAUCAAGAGGAAUGUCUCUUGAUGAACUUCGAAGUAGUUUGUUUGGAACAAAUAAAACAAGGGAUAUUCCAAUUGGAGGACCCACAGUCAUUAGCAACCAAUCGUCAUUCGUUCAUCACAAAAGAUAUGACGUGUCCCAGUGGUUAACAAAGCGUUCCGAUUCCCAUUCCAGAGGUGCCAAUUCGACCUCGUCAUCUUUAUUGAGCGUUGUUGAGCGGUCAAUGGGAGGAGAUGAUGUGACCACGAGGCAAACAUUUCAUGUUGGCAACAAUGAAAUAGCGAUUCUCCUAAAGACUGUCAGAGGUGACUAUCACGUAUUGGUUGCUACAAACAUGAAAGGCUCUACAGUGCUUCUUCACUGGGGUGUAUCAAAGCUAUCAGCUAAUGAAUGGCUGGCUCCUCCAUCGGAGAUGUUACCCGAAAGAUCAAAGUUGCUUAAUGGAGCAUGCCAGACUUAUUUUCAAGAAAUGUCAACUGGAGGAGGAUUCUUUCAGUUUGUGGAUAUCAAUUUGCAGAAAAGGGAUUUUGUCGGAAUCCAAUUUAUUCUAUGGUCUGGGAGUUCUUGGAUUAAGAACGACGGCUCAAAUUUCUACAUAAACCUGAAACCGACGGGUUCAAAAGUUGGGAAGGGUGCAGGGAAUGGAAAUGGGACUGUCAAAUGGCUACUUGAUGAAAUAGCUGAAAAAGAGAAAGAUGCUGAGAGGUCAUUAAUGCACAGGUUCAACAUUGCAACAGAGCUAACUGGACGUUGUAGAAAUGAAGGGGAGCUGGGCCUUAUUGGUAUAUUGGUCUGGAUGAGAUUCAUGGCAUGCAGACAACUUACGUGGAAUAAGAACUACAAUGUGAAACCACGUGAGAUUAGUGCUGCUCAAGAUAAACUUACUGAUUUGCUGCAAAGAAUCUACACUGAAGAACCAAAUCAUAGGGAGAUUGUGAGGUUGAUUAUGGCAAGCAUAGGCCGUGGGGGUGAAGGUGACGUGGGACAGAGAAUUCGAGAUGAAAUACUAGUUCUUCAGAGAAAUAAUGACUGUAAGGGUGGGAUGAUGGAAGAGUGGCACCAGAAAUUGCAUAAUAACACUAGCCCUGAUGAUGUGAUAAUUUGUCAGGCACUCUUGGAUUAUGUUAGAAGUGAUUUCAAAACUGAUGUUUAUUGGAGAACAUUAAAUGCAAAUGGCCUUACAAAGACCAUACUUGCAAGUUAUGACCGUCCAAUUGUGUCAGAGCCUCGUUUCAGAGCUGAUACCAAAGAUGGGCUUAUCCGUGACCUAACAUCAUACUUGAGGACAUUAAAGGCUGUUCAUUCUGGAGCUGACCUAGAAUCUGCAAUUGUGACUUGUUUGGGUUACUCUUCCAAGAGUCAUGAUUUUAUGGGUGGAGUCAAUGUUCAAUCUGUUGGUGGCAUAUCAUUAAAAUUGCGGGAAUGCCUGAACUUCAUUCAAGCUCAUGUUGAAGAUCAGAACGUUGGUCCUUUGAUGGAGAAACUACUAGAAGCCCGCGUUGAACUCCGUCCGAUUUUGCUAAAGCCCCAUGGAAGGUUGAAGGACUUAAUUUUCCUAGAUCUUGCAUUGGAUUCAUCUGUUAGAACAUCCAUGGAGCGGGGAUUUAAGGAACUAAAUAAUUCCCAUCUGCAGGGUAUUGUGUCCUUCAUCUCUUUAAUGCUUGAAAAUUUAUGCUUAUCAGCAGUUGACAAUGAAGACCUAAUUUGUUGCAUGAAGGACUGGUACCGUGUUUGUGAAUUGUACAGACCAAAUGAUGAUCGGUGGGCAUUACAAGCAAAGGCUGUUCUUGAUCGAGUCCGUCUGGCACUAACUGACAAGGCUCACUAUUACCAUAAAAUGAUUCAGCCUAGUGCACAAUAUCUUGGUCAGUUGCUUGGAGUGCAGAAAUGGGCAAUUGACAUUUUCACAGAGGAGUUGAUAAGGGCAGGAUCAGCAGCUAGUCUUUCUCUACUCGUCAACCGUCUAGAUCCAGUUCUCCGAAAAAUUGCAAACCUCGGCUGUUGGCAGGUUAUCAGUCCAGUGGAAGUGUGUGGUUUUGUAACUGCUGUAAAUGAGUUGAUUAGUGUUCAAAACAAAGUCUAUAAAAGACCGACGAUUAUUGUUGCAAAUAAAGUGACUGGGGAGGAAGAGAUCCCAGAUGGAGCAGUUGGCGUACUGACACCGGAUAUGCCAGAUGUUCUUUCUCAUGUUUCUGUUAGAGCAAGAAAUAGCAAGGUGUGCUUUGCGACAUGCUUUGAUCAGAACAUUCUGCGGGAUCUGAAGUCGAAGGAAGGCAAAGCCAUCUCGAUACAACUGAGAUCAAUGGAUCUGGUAUACAGCGACAUCACCAGCUCAGAUUUGUCUCUUGGCUCCAAUUCAUCCUCCAUUCCACGGGGACUUAGUUUAAAGAAGAAGGAUUUUGGUGGUAAAUAUGCCAUUUCAAUUGAGGAGUUCACCAGAGAAUUGGUUGGUGCGAAGUCUUAUAACAUUCAAUACUUAAGAGGAAAGGUACCAACAUGGAUAAAGGUCCCGACAUCAGUUGCCCUACCAUUUGGAGUAUUUGAAAUUGUCCUGCAAGCAGACAUAAAUAAGGAUCUCGCAAAUAGAAUUUCCUCAUUUGUUAAACUUGUAAGUGGUGGUGACCUUUCAAAACUACAAACUAUACAAGAAACCAUCCUACGCAUGAGUCCUCCUUCUCAACUGAUUAAUGAACUGAAGAGCAAGAUGAAAAGCUCAAGGAUACCCUGGCCUGGUGAUGAAGGCGAGGCAAGAUGGAACCAAGCAUGGCUAGCAAUUAAAAAGGUUUGGGCUUCAAAGUGGAAUGAAAGAGCAUAUAUUAGCUGCAGAAAAGCUAAGCUGAAUCAUGAUGACCUUCGUAUGGCUGUCUUGGUUCAAGAAAUAAUCAAUGCUGAUUAUGCUUUUGUUAUCCAUACAAGAAAUCCAUUAACAGGAAACUCCUCGGAGAUUUAUACUGAGAUUGUGAAGGGCUUGGGAGAAACUUUGGUGGGUGCCUAUCCAGGGCGAGCUAUGAGCUUUGUUACGAAAAAAUCCGAUCUAAAAUCUCCAGUUGUUGUUGGUUAUCCAAGCAAACAGAUAGGCUUAUUUAUUAGGAAAUCCAUCAUAUUCAGAUCAGACUCCAAUGGAGAGGACUUGGAAGGAUACGCAGGUGCAGGGCUUUAUGACAGUGUACCCAUGGACAAAGAGGAGAAAGUCAUAUUGGAUUACAGUUGUGAUUGGCUGAUCGUCGAUAGAAGCUUCCAACGUUUUAUAUUCUUGAAAAUCGCAGAGGCCGGUAAAAUCAUCGAAGGCCUAUAUGGUUCUGCCCAGGACAUUGAAGGUGUGGUAAAGGAUGGUGAAGUGUAUGUGGUCCAAACAAGGCCACAAAUGUAGCUGUAUAUGAAAAGCAUCGCAAAGCAACUACACAGACAUUUCAAGCUGCCAUGAUGCAAAACUCAUGCUUAUUAGAUGAUGCUAACCUUCUGAUCAACAGCAUAAAAAAUGGACGAUCAAGAUUGAGCAGAGGAAAAAAAAAAGGUCCAAUCAUCAUCUUGAAAAUAACUACAGGUAGGCCCCACCAUGGACCACUCACUAUUCCAAAGAAGCCUUCUUGGAAUCAUGAGUGGUCAAGAACAUGUUGAUAGCCUAAAUUCCGAAAUAACGGAUCGCAGUUGAUAAUAUCUUGUAAUAACUUUUUCUUUGGGUUUAGCUCUUUUGCCUCGGGUUUUAUCACUUUGUUUGAAUUCAACUCUUUUCGUCUUAGAAUAAUCACUUUCUUCCUCCCCUCAGCUUUGCUUACUUAAAUUCUUAAGUUUUGUUGUACUUUGAUGGUUGUAUUCCUUCGGUGAUUGUCCUUUUGUGUAUCUCUUUGAAUCUUGAUCUGCGAUGUUAUACUUGAAUUUAUCUUC